UUAGUUGACACGACAGAUGACGCACAAACAACACAAGCAAAGUUCAAUCCAACAAACUAUCGCUAGCGCCGCCAAUCCUGAAAAAUAACCGAUCCGUAAGGUUAUCGCAAGGUCUAGGUACGUGACACGUCGCUGUGAUAACCUAAACGUCGCCAUACGGUAGGGAACCAUCAUCAUGCUAGCAGCUUCUAGAUUUAUCAGGCGUUUCUCCACGUCUCAGAGUAUUUGGGACAAGAUGAAGAUUGCCGUCAUCGGACAGAGCCAGUUUGGGGAGGAGGUCUACAAGCUGAUCAGGAGUAACGGUCACGAGGUGGUUGGAGUCUUCACGAUACCUGACGUCAACGGAAAGCCAGACCAACUAGCGGCCACUGCAGAGAAAGAUGGCGUCCGUGUUUUCAAAUUUCCAAGAUGGCGGGUCAAAGGUCAAGCCAUCCCAGAAGUCCUGGAGGCCUACCGGGAGACCAAACCGGACCUGAACGUCAUGCCGUUCUGCUCCCAGUUCAUUCCAUCGGAGGUGACAGACCACCCGCAGCAUGGCUCCAUUGUCUACCAUCCCUCCAUCCUUCCAAGACACCGAGGGGCUUCAGCUAUUAACUGGACUCUGAUGUGCGGUGACAAUUAUGGUGGGUUCUCAAUCUUCUAUGCCGAUGAUGGGCUGGAUACCGGUCCCGUGCUUCUACAGAGAGAGGUGUACGUCGACCCCAACGAUACCGUGGAUACAUUGUACAACAGAUUCCUGUAUCCCGAGGGUAUCAAAGCUAUGGGUGAGGCAGUGCAGAUGAUCGCUGACGGCAAGGCUCCCAAGGUGACCCAGCCUGAGGAAGGAGCAACCUACGACGCCAUCUGGAAGAAGAAGGAAGUCGCUGAGAUCAAGUGGGACCAGACAGGAGAGAUGCUGCAUAACUUCAUCCGUGGUAAUGACAUGAUCCCUGGAGCAUGGGCCACCAUCGACGGACAGAAAGUGUCCAUGUUUGGCUCCAGACUGAUCAAAGGGGGGCGGCCCAAGGGUAGGGUUGUGUCAAUCCCAGGGUGUGCCGUGCCCGCUAUCGUCACCAAGGAUGGUAUGGUGUUCACCGGCAACGACGGCCAAAUGUUGAAAGUCAAGACGCUUCAGUUUGAAGACGGCCGCAUGAUCCAGGCUCAAAAGUACGGUUUGGGUGACGAUGCGGAGGAGAAGAUUGAGAUGACUCCUGAAGAGGUCGGCAUGGCAGGAGCUAUCAAGGAUAUCUGGGGCGGUAUCUUGUCCACUACCAAGAUCGAUGGGGACUCGGACUUCUUCAAAAUGGGAGGUGGUUCCAUGGAUGUGGCCAGGUUGGUAGAGGAAGUCAAACAGAAGUGUAACGGCAUUGCACUGUCCAACGAAGACGUGUACAUGGCCACCACGUACGACGCCUUCGUGCAGAAGGUCAUCAAGAAGGGACGCGGCUUGGACGAUUUUGUCUUUGAGUAUGACGCUGUCAAGAUGCACAUCAACGACAUGGACAUUGAGUUUCCCAACCAGCUCUUCAUCAACAACGACUUUGUGGACGCCGAGGACGGUAAGACCUUUGAUACCAUCAAUCCCACCGACGAGAGCGUCAUCUGUAAGGUUGCCAAGGGAACCGCGGCUGAUGUAGACACCGCUGUCGCUGCGGCAAAGGAGGCCUUUGAGGAGGGAGAGUGGGGGAAGAUGAACGCAAGAGACAGGGGCACUCUCAUGUUCAAGCUUGCUGAUCUGAUGGAGGAGCACAAGGAGGAACUGGCAACACUAGAAACCAUCGAUUCCGGAGCCGUCUACACCUUGGCCAUCAAGACCCACAUCGGCAUGUCCAUCGAUACCUUCCGCUACUUUGCCGGCUGGUGCGACAAAAUCCAGGGUCUGACGAUUCCCAUCAACAACGCCCGACCAAACAAGAACCUGACCUACACAAAGAGAGAACCUGUUGGUGUGUGCGGUAUUGUGGUUCCAUGGAACUACCCUCUCAUGAUGCUUGCCUGGAAGAUGGCCUCAUGCCUGGCCGCCGGCAACACCGUGGUCCUCAAGCCUGCCCAGGUCACCCCACUGACGGCCCUCAAGUUUGCCGAGCUGGUGGUCAGGGCUGGCUUCCCACCUGGUGUCAUUAACAUCCUUCCAGGAUCAGGUUCUGUGGUGGGUCAAAGGAUGGCCGACCACCCUGAUAUCCGCAAGCUGGGCUUCACUGGUUCCACACCCAUCGGAAAGACCAUCAUGAAAAGUUGUGCUGUGAGCAACCUCAAGAAAUGCUCCCUGGAGCUGGGAGGCAAGUCUCCGCUGGUCAUCUUUGCCGACUGCAACAUGGACACAGCUGUCAAGCAGGCUCUAGGAGCUGUGUUCUUCAACAAAGGAGAGAACUGCAUCGCCGCUGGCCGUCUGUACGUAGAGGACAAGAUCCACGAUGAGUUCAUUGAUAGAGUGAUUACAGACAUCAAGAAGAUGAAGAUCGGCGACCCCUUAGACCGGUCCACAGCCCACGGCCCACAGAACCACCGGUCUCAUCUGGAGAAGCUGCUUGAAUACUGUGAGAUUGGUCAGAGGGACGGAGCAACGCUGGUCUACGGAGGCAAACAGGUGGACAGACCUGGUCUGUUCAUGGAACCCACUGUCUUCACCAACGUGAAGGAUGACAACAUGAUUGCAAAGGAGGAGUCAUUUGGCCCUGUCAUGGUGGUCAGCAAAUUCAACGCAAGUGACAUUGACGGCAUGUUGAGGAGCGCCAACGCUACCGAGUACGGUCUGGCCUCCGGUGUCUUCACCAACGACAUCAGCAAGGCCCUGUACUGCAGCGACAAGCUCAACGCAGGCACUGUCUUUAUCAACACCUACAACAAGACCGACGUGGCUGCUCCCUUCGGCGGAUUCAAGCAGUCUGGCUUUGGCAAGGACUUAGGUAUGGAGGCGAUGAACGAAUACCUGAAGACCAAGACAGUCACAGUAGAGUAUUGAGGAGUGUUGGUGAAUAUUGAUGAGUGGUGAUGAAUAUUGAUGAGUGGUGAUGAAUAUUGAUGACGUAUCGACAAGAAUUGAUCAAUAUUGGAAAUCAGACAGCUGUGAGAACGCCCAAAAAAAGACUAAGCGCCAACAAGACGUAUUCUUAACCAAAAACGCUUUGCCAAUUUUGUGGGUUGUUUUUUUAAUGAAAAUUCAUUUUUUUUACAUUUGGUUUAAAGAAAUUUUAUGAAUAAAUGAUAUUAAGUGUAUUUUGUUGUUGACUGCUUGUUGAGUGCGUUUUUAGCCUCGCACCUAGAUUACUUCUUGCUUGCAUGGCACUGGCAAAAAUAUACCCCAAUAUGCAAAGGAUUAUUUUUGAAAUAUGAUUGUUUAAGAAAUUGAAGUAUAAAACAUUGUAUAGCAGCAGAUUGGUGCAUAACAAAUAUGGAUUGUUAUAUGUUAAUCAUUUUCAUGUUAUGAUAUAAGCCAAAGUUAUAUAAGUAUUUUUAGUUAUUUUUUUGUCUACAGAGACAUAUCAUUCCUCAUUUAAUUUUAGCUUCUUUUUUUUCUUCACAAAAUUUUGGAUUGUGAAAUCCAAUAAAAUCCUUUUAAUUAUACCUAAUUGACUGAUAUUUUCACCAUUUUCCCAUUCUUUACAAAUCUUAUUUUUUAUUCCUUUUACUCAUGCUGCUGUAUUUUCUUUGCAGUCUUAGUUGUAGUAUUCCCGUAAAUAUAUGGAUUUUCUGGGUCAUUUUCAAUUUUACUGUGGAUAAUUUAAAUCAUCAAAACUCCCUACUUUAAAAUGUUUGAUUUCCUGCUAGAUCUUCGAGAGUUUGAAGGAGUUUGCAUUUAUGAGACAUUACAUUUAUACCAUAGUGAUUGUUUUAGUGUUAUGUUCAGAUCUGCAAAAACUUAUCAACCGAAUGUCUUCUGUUCAGUUGGUGCCAACUUUUAUUUUAUGCCGAACCAAAAACCUCCAGUUGUAGAAAAAAAUGGUAAUACAUUUUUUUUCAAUGGGAUUUACACAGUUAAUGAUAUCAGUGCAUCAGAUUGUCGUGGGCCUUUUCACUCUGAUGUAAAUGCAGUUAACUGUGUAAAAUCCAUCCCAUUGGAAUGGGUGAAAACCCAUAGCUUUGUAUAAUCUGUAAGAUCUCUAGUUUGCAUGAACGGAUUUCCAUGGCGUUUUUACUGAAUGUACACAAGAUAUAGUUAUAUGCUCCGUCAAGACGAAAUAGUCAUGUUAAGUAGUUUCAGAAAUUAAAGAAUACAUUCGUACACGACAUUUCUGGGGGACCCCCUGCAGGGCCAGAGUUGAACCAGUGGAUUGUUUCUUCAAUUUUCUCACAGUGGUGUUGGGAGGUGGGGAAAAAACGCGAGUUGUUAGAACAGAACUCUUGUUUCAACUUAGUAGCCUUGCAGCUUGCGUAGCUAUUGAAUGCUCUAAGUAGGUAUAGGAAGACUUGCUUUUCAGAUUUAAAUCAGAGAUGUGCCUAAUUUUAUUAUAUAAAUAACAGUUGUGGAUUGUAUGAUUGCAAAAAAACAAACAAAUGCUGAUCAUGUGUUUCUAUCAUUAACUCAUUCUAGACUAAUGCAGUUGUGUUUGUUUGUUUUUGUUUUGAGGAAUAGUUUUACAAAUAUCACAUUGAGAUUCUAUUAAUUUUGGGACUACAUGUAGUUUAAAGAGUCACAUACGUCUGAUUGAUGUAAAAUUUGUAAAUGUUUUCAUCAAUCUAAAAAAAUUGUUUUAUUUCGCACAGUGUGGAUUGAAGGCGAGAAAAAAAAACCUGUUUUAUAAUAAGCCAGCUGGAGUUUUUGUUUACUUUGCCCUUUUUCCCAUUGCUGUGUUAAUGAGGACUAAUAUCUCGAUAAUUCGCAAAGAAGGCCUGCUAUUUUAGCAUUGAAAUCAGAAAAUGUUAAUAUAAUAAGAUAAAAUAACGUUAUAAUCAUUUUGUUUGACUUCCUAUCCAACCUUGUGGGGGAGGGGAUGUUUUAUUUUCCAAUUUGUUGCGAUGGUAAAUUAAAUUGCAAAAUCAUGCAUGUCAGAAGGAUGAUUUUAAAAAUAA